GCCUGCAAGGCCUGCAAGAGGAAGACCACCAACGCCGACCGCCGGAAGGCGGCCACCAUGAGGGAGCGGCGGCGGCUCAGCAAGGUCAACGAGGCCUUUGAGACCCUCAAGCGCUGCACCUCCACCAACCCCAACCAGCGCCUGCCCAAGGUGGAGAUCCUGCGCAACGCCAUUCGCUACAUCGAGAGCCUGCAGGCGCUGCUGCGCGAGCAGGAGGACACUUACUACCCGGUGCUGGAGCACUACAGCGGGGAAUCGGAUGCCUCCAGCCCCCGCUCCAACUGCUCCGACGGCAUGAUGGAGUACAGCGGGCCUCCGUGCAGCUCUCGCAGGAGAAACAGCUACGACAGCAGCUACUACACGGAGUCACCCAAUGAUCCGAAGCAUGGGAAGAGUUCUGUUGUGUCCAGCCUCGACUGCCUCUCAAGCAUUGUGGAGAGGAUUUCCACAGAUAACUCCACAUGUCCUAUACUGCCGCCAGUGGAAACUGUUGCUGAAGGGAGUCCCUGUUCCCCCCAAGAAGGAGCGAGUCUGAAUGAUAGUGGAGCCCAAAUUCCUUCCCCCACCAACUGCACCCCACUUUCCCAGGAUAACAGCAGUGGCAGCAGCAGCAACCCUAUCUACCAAGUGCUAUAAGGGACUGCACUGAAAACAAACUGCUCCCUUCACGCUGAGAUCUGCCUUCUCGGACUGAAAAGACUUCUGAAGACUUGUUCCAGUUUUAAAAUACCGCUCAAAAUUCCUUCGAAUAUAUAACUUCUCAAACCUGUAUUACUUCAAAAUACACCUAGUUAUUUAUUGGUUGUUAAACUGAAGUUAUUUAAUAUGUCUAGAGUUAAAAUUGUGUACCGUGAAAUGGCCAAUGUUUAAUCUGGGCUUUGGGGAAUAGGAACCUGGCUCGGGGAAUGCAGAGGGGAAUAGAAAUCUACAACAGUAGUGGCAUGACAGAUCCUUCCUAUUACUCCCGUUCUGGCCAAAAUAAGGUUGUGGACCAUUUUUUAUAAAACUUUUUUGUAUAAUUGUAAAUAAGAGUUGCUUUGCAAAAAAAAAAAAAAAAAGAAAAGAAAAAAG